UUGACAUACGUCACUAAAGCGCGACAGAAAAUCAGCGCUCGUUUUUUCUUCCUUCGGUUCAUCUUUUUCCAAAUAAACCUGAAAAAUGUGGCCAAACAGAGUCACUUUUCACACUUAAAAGGUUGUCUCGUGGUGUUCUUCGUGAUGAGGAUUCUUCUGCAGGGUCCCAGUUACGCCCCGAGCCUCCUCUCCGAGCUCAACCGCCUCCGCCUGUCACGACGCUUGUGUGACGUCCUCCUGCAAGUCGGAAACCGCAAAUUCGCCGCUCACCGGGCCAUUCUCUCGUGCGCUGGGGCCUAUUUCUAUAACCUGUUUGCUACCACUGCAGACUCCCCAUCCUCUACUACUGCUACUGCCUUCUCACUGGAGUUCAUCUCUCCUUCUAAUUUUGAAAAAGUGCUCACGUUCAUUUACACGGGCGAGAUUUUGAUAGACCUAAUCGAUGUAGGUGUACUUUAUGAACUAGCUGAAAGAUUAGGCAUUACUGAAUUGGUGAGAGCGUGUCACGCAACAUUUCCAGACUUACAAACUUCAAAAAAUUGCAAAAAUAGUCCAGCGGAUUUGAUUCCCUCUGGCGUUGUUCCCAAUAACGAUGCUAACCUCGCUAGUGAAUUUCCCUGCUCUUCGGCUGCCUCUUGCUCGUCUCUGUCCUCCUCCGCUCCAACACCUGCUUCAUUUUCGCCUCCUUCUCAACCAAGACAAGCCAGGAGCAACUCUGAAACUUCAAACUUGAAUUUAAAAUCGGAAAAUAUCCAAUCAAUCGCAAACUACGGGCAAAUUUUAGUAGAAUCGGAGCAUCAGCAGCUCCCACUAAGCAGCACUGUAGCUGUUCAUAAUGAUAAAUCCACAUUGUCUCUAGGUUCAGCACUUCAACUCAAAACUGAGCAGGACUUUUCCGUGGAAGACGAGAGGAGAGAUGAGCACAUUCAGGCCAAAAUACAGACAGGAGGCGAGCCGUCUCUGGUCGGGGUGGAUGGAGGAUUGCAGGUGGUGUCGGUGCAGGGUGGAGAGGUGGACAGAGACAGUAGGCUGUUCGUUCAAUCUGUAGAGGGCGCCGGAGGAGGAGGAGGAGAGGAGGGCGAAUCUGAGGAGAACAAAAAUGGAAUCAUGGAUGAACCGGAGGAGGACGAACAGUGGAGACACCUCGCAGGAGACAUCAUUGAACUGAGCGAUGAUGAAAACUACUUAGAGGAGAAAGAUGAAGAGGAGGACGACGACCUGGUCUGCAUCGAGAACGGAGUCAAUCCCUGUGCACAGGAGUCAGAGCAGCUCCCCUGUAGGAUCUGUGGUCUAAACCUGUCCUUGGACCCGGCUGUGGUCCGGUCUCACGCUGAGUCCCAUCUCACCGAGGGGGGGCAGUGCGUCGUGUGCGGAGCCGUGUUUCUGGAGCAGGAGAGCGGACUGAACCACGUACUGUCCCAUGUGGGGGUGCAGCUGCACGCCUGUGCCAUGUGUCAGGCUCACUUCAGCAGCAGAGCCAAAGUCCUGCGCCACCUCAACCUCUCCUCCUCCUCAUACUCCAUCCCCCCAUCUGCUCUGAGCAACAGCGCCCCCCAGAGCUGCGAGCUGCACUGUGCACAGUGCAACAAGUCUGUCAGCAGAGACUUCAAGAGCGUGAGGGAGCAUGCUCUGGCUCACGUCUCCCUUCAGUCCCUCUCCUGUGGUGUUUGCCCCCUCUCUCUCCCCUCCCUCUGCCCCCUGCUCUGGCACGCCCUGUCGCACCUGUCACUACCCGUCUUCACCUGUCCACACUGCGCCCUGUGCUUCGUGGAGCGCCCCCUCCUGGACAGACACAUGAGCGCACACGCAGAGGAGGCCGCAGCCAAAGAGAGGGAGAGAUCUCUGCUCAGGGCCUUCGCUUUCAGGUCCAAUGGGAGCUUGUCCAGUGGAUCUGAGGAGCUGCGUUGUCCGUUUUGCCCUCAAACAUUCCGCUCCUCUUCAUCUUUCCACUCCCACCUCAACACCCACUCCACAGACCCCCCGUCUUCCAGCGUGGGUACUGCAGGCUUACUGGGCAAACGCAAGUCUGACUCCAGUCCCAACGGCCCCGCACCUUCUCUGUCCUCUCUACGCGAUAUCGGAGAGCUGUUUAAAAUGAGCAACACUAACUUCAAUUACAGCGCCCCCAACAAAACCUUACCCGGGCUUCCACUCGGACUUGGUUCUAGCAUGUCUUUUGGUUCUGCUCCUGGACAGGACGCGGCAGAUUUCGGGGCAGCAAAAGCGAAGUGGUACCGCUGUCGAUAUUGUGGUAAAUCUUUCGCGCAUUCUGGAGAGUUCACGUAUCAUUUGCGAAUCCACACGGGGGAGAAGCCGUACCAGUGUAAAGUGUGUUUGCGUUUUUUCCGAGGCCGAUCGACGAUGAUUUGUCAUUUGAAAACGCACGCCGGGGCCCUCAUGUAUCGCUGUACUAUCUGUGGACUGUUUUUCUCCACACUUAAAAUGGUUUCUUCUCACAUGGAGUUACACAAAGACCACCUCCCUCCAGAUUUCAACAUCGAACAGACUUUUAUGUACAACGACCAUUCCAAGGAACCGCUGCCCCCUGCUGACACAUGAAGAGCAGCGUAAUGGAUUUAGGACGAUGUACUGUUUUGGCGUGAAGGUGCUGUACCUGAUUUUUGUUGUGUGAAAAGCAAAACUAGUUCAUUUGAAAAAGUUUGCAGUGGUCCAGUUCUUUUUUACUUACCUUCUGCAUCCAGAGCAUCCUCGUUAUUCACUGUGAUGACUUUAUGAGCACGUUUCACAACUUUUCACACGUGGAGUCACUCUAUGGCGGAGUGAGCGACCUUUACAAAACCAAAAUUCCAGAGAGCUACUUACUUUUGUGGUCGCAGGAAAUAAAGUUUACAUAAGAGCCAUGGCAAGACUUGAGGUACAGUUAGAUGAAACAUAAAACAUGAACCAUUAUUUAUUUUAUCUAUAGUUUAUUUUAUAUAUUUAUGAGAGUGCACAAAGUCAGGCAUCAAAAUGAUAGAUUUACAAUGAUAACAGGCAUUUAAUUCAUCAAAUUUGAGUUUUUCACGACAAUACUCGUAUUUCAGAAAGCUCCCGAGCUCCAGGUUGGACACCCCUGCUCUCUGCCGUCACAGUAAUAACAACAGCUAACAUACUAACAGCGUGACUGGCCUUACUUCCUGGUUCGCAGAUGAUAAAAACACUUUAUAAUUGCAUGCAGACUGGACACAAUGGAUUUAUUUGGACCUCAAGAGCUGCUUAUAUAAAAUACAGUAUCUGUAGUGGGACAAGACAUUUCUGACUUAAUUAUUUGUAAAAAGUCUGGUACAGCCCCCUUUAACGUCGCAGGGCAGUUUUUAACUUUAAGCAGAAGAGCCCCAAAGCUUUGUAAAAAUCCAUACAAUAAAUGAGUUAAAUUGACUUCAAAAUAUGUAAAUUCAUUUGGACAAGUUUAGGUUUCUUUAUAUAUUGGACUCACAUAAUUAGUUUUGUUGACAUUUCACUUAGUAUAAGAUAACUAAUUGAGAUUUAUGAGAUUUUCUGUUAAUUUAUGCGAAUUGCAAAAUCACAGGAGAGUUGUUUAAAAUGAGCAGCUCUAGCUUCUAUUACAACUCACCCAACCAAACUUGACCUGACUUCCCUAUGAGAUUUUCUGCACAUUUUAUCAUAGGGCCUCAAAAAGCUAAAACCUGCCCUGGAUCUCCCAGUGUCAAAUGUUGAUGUUUCUUCUUAUUUGAAGUAUAUUAAGAAAACCAAGACUGUGACACAAUGAACUAGUAUUUUUCAACUUGUCUGAUUUGAAGUUGUCUUUAAAUAAGAUAUUGUUUAUAUAAUAGUGGUACAAUAAUAGAGAUAGACCGAUAUAUAUGGCCAAUAUUUGGACUUUCCACCUUAGAUCUGUAGACUGUUAUGUAGUUUUGGCUGAGCAGCUGAUUAAAGAGGACACACUAUGCUUUAUUAGAACAUGAAAUGUGACGGAUAACUGCACAAAACAUGACUGCACAACUCUCUUAAAGGUUUGUGGUAAAACAGGGCCGUGGGUGAGGUUGGACUUAACUUAAAGGACAGAAUCUUGGGAAAAUAAUCAAAACCCACCCUAUAGAUCCCACGACAUCACCUGUCCUCAGACGUGCUCUCCUGUCCGGCGGUGGUGCUGUGCAGGAGGUGCAGGGAGUCCUCCAGGACGGACAAGAACUUGUUUAGGGCCCUCUCCUCAGCCACAGAUGUGACUGAGUCAAGCGCUGUAGACAGUGUGAAAACUCAAGAAAGAAAACAAAAUGGACUGAAACUACAUAUUUUCAGGAGCUGUUUAGGUGUUUAAUUUUCAACAAAAAGGUCAGAGUGAGAGGGAGCGAGAGCUUAGGACUACUUGUUUUUUGAGAGGGACUUGUUUAAAAGCACAAAUCAUCUCAUCUGUUCUAGUGCAGUCAACUUUCUCCAAAUUCAAAAAGUUUAUUGUUAAAUUUCCAUAUGAACAUAUGAAAAAUUUAAAUUAUGUUCUCACUCUCAAUCUUCUAAAUUAAACAAUAAUAAAAUAAAAGGAAAAGUCUAAAGUUCUUCUUUAGGGAGACACAGAUUCCUGGCUGCCUGGAUGAAAUUGUUAGUGAAUCUGGUGAUGCGGAAAUGUUCUGGUGAUGCUAGAGGUUCCUGGCACCAGUGAUCUUCGUGUCUGUGUUGACUCUGCGGGGCUGCAGGGCUCUCCUGUCGUGGUCAGUGCAGCUUCAGCCCCACACAGUGAUGCAGCUGAAAGGAUGCUCUCAGUGGUUCCUCUGUAGAAUGUGUUCAUGAGUUUCCACAGGAAGUAGGGGUGCUGCUCGACUUUCUUCACUUGUGAUGCAGUGUUGGUCCAGGAGAGCUCCUCACUGAUCUAGUUUAGUGCUGCUCACUUUCUCCACAGCAGCAUCGUUGAUGGUCAGUGGCGAGUGUUGGUUGUGGCCUGUCUGGAAGUCGACAACCAUCUCCUUACUCUUGCUGAUGUUCAGCUGGAGGUUGUUUUGUCUGCACCAUGUGGUCAGAAGGUCGACCUCUUUCCUGUAGUGAGUCUCGUCGCCUUUGGUGAUGAGACCCACCACAGUUGUGUUGUUCAUGAACUUCACAAGGUGGUUGGUGCUGUAGGUUGUUGUGCAGUCAUGUGUCAUCAGGGUGAAGAGCAGAGCACGCAGGUUUCUCGUCAGAUUGUGUGAAAACAAAACUCAGAAUAAAGCUUCUGACAGUAGUGCCUUCGGUUACCUUCACACCUCCAGGGAAUAUUAAUGAUAUCAGUUGAAAAGUACCAAUAUAUUGUCCCCAAAAUAUCGGCAGAGCUUAUCGGCCAUGAAAAACCCUGUAUCGGUGGAUCUCUAGUUUAUAUUCUAUUAUAAUUCCAUGUGAAAUCAUAACUUGAACUUUUUAACUUUGAACUUUUCAUAAGAAGUGCUUCUCGUGGACCGUAAACUGUUCCGUACAUUUAGACCAAUAGAAUGUAGUUAGUCUUACUCUAUAAUCUGUACAAUACUGUUCAGACUCUUUAUCGUUGUGUGUCAGUGUCGCCACUUGGGGACGCUGUUUUCUGUCUUUAAUAACAGGAGGAGGAGUUGGUUGGUUGUUGACUGAAAUCUGUUACCUCUAUUUAAUGAUUACCACAUUGAAACUGUAAAGUAGCACCGUUGUAGCAUAGAACUUUUAUAUUUAAUUUUUAACACAAUCUUGUUUUGGACACAUUUUUGUAACAGACUUUUAUUUAUUUUAUUUACAAAGACUGUAAGCUUUAAAUGAUAUGUGCUUUUUGAGGGCUCACAAUCAGAAUAUGAGGCGACAUCCACAUUGUGCACAAACCUUUCUGAUCCUAAAAGUUAAAACAAUAAAGGUGCACUGUGUAAGUUCUGGUGGGACUUCUGCUACAUGCUGGUCUGCACAGAGAUGUUAUUGCUUUGCUAGGAACGUUCCAUAAUAUGGCAUUAAUUGUAUCUGUUGUUUAUUUAUUCAAUUACAGGUGUUUUAUUUUAUUUAUUUGGGGCGACGGUAGUUCAGUUGGUUGCAGGUCGACAUAAACAUCAUUGGUUGAGCAGUCAGAUCCACUGACCCACAGGUUGGUGGUGUGAUUCCAGCUCCCACAGAUGAAUGCUGUCGUUGUGUCCUUGAGCCAGACUUAACCCCCCUUGCCCCUCGUGUCUGUGUAUGAGUGAGUGUGUGAAUGUGUGAGUGGUUCCUUGGUGUAAACCUUAAUGCCAUACUGUGGAGCAUUCCUGGCAAAGAUGGAGAAAAUAUCUAUAUGUGUCUAUGAUUAUUUUGACAGGUAUUUGGUAUUUGAUCAAACUGAAUAUGUCUGAAAGUGUCUCUCGUACUCUGAUUCCCAGCCCUUGUGUGAUUUGUUUGUAUUUUGUAUUACUACAGUAUGAUAUAAAACUUCAGACAAUGAUUAAAGUGUUGUGCCUU